AUAUAUAUAUAUAAAUAUUUCAAUGGAGGUUAAAUAUCCAUAGAAACUGUUGUAAAAAUAAAGAAAAGAAAAAAGAGAAAAAAAGAAGUAAAACUAAACAAAUCAUAAUUUCCAUGAACUCUGGCUAAACAUUUUCAAAAUUUGAAUGUUAUUAAACAAUUUUCAAUAUUCUAUAAAUUUAUGAUAAGAAAGGGAGAAAAAUAAAAAGAAAAAAGAAAAGGAAAGAAAAGUAAAAAGAAAGAAAAAUAAAAAAGAAAGAAAAACGACAAGAAAUUUAAUUCUUUUGAUUUUGUUACAUAUUGUUUCUCAAAAAAAAAAAGAAAAAAAGAAAAAAGAAACAAAACAUACAUACAUACCAUGUCCAUUUUUCGAUUAUUAUGUUUUUUAAUUACAAUUAUAUUGGCAAUUUGUACAUUAGGGGUUGGUUUAAUUUUAUCACCAUAUUGGAAAGAUAAUGAAGAACCACCAAGAGGAGCUAAAAUUCAUUUAUCAUUAAGUUUAAUAUCGAUACUUUUUCUUGGUGCAUCAGGUCUUUUAAUUCUUGUCUCUAUUGUAUCUGGACCAGGUAGAACAAAGAAAAUAAUUAUUAUUACAAUGAUAUUACUUAUUUUAACUAUUGGCUUUCUCUGUGCAUCAAUUGUAUACAUGUUUACUCAAGUGAAUCAUUCUUUUGCAUUUUGGAUAUUUGCAUCAUUAUGGAUAAGUGUUACAUGUAUACCAUUUGGUUUAUGUAUUCUUUAUACAAAACCAAUUCAAAUGGAUCGUCUUUAAUUGAUUAAUUCUAUAAUGUUUAUUGAUUAUCAAUGAUAAUAAUGAUAUGUUCAUAUGGACGUUUUAAUUUCAUAGUAAACCAAAGCCAAGAAAAGAUUACUACUAUUAUUACUAGAUAUGUUAAAUAUGUUUAUCUAUUUCUUGUAUAAAAUCAAUGAAAUAUCAAUAAAUAAUUAUAAAUAAAUGGUUUUAAUUAAUAUAUAAAUCGAACAAUUUCA